AUGGAUUAUUAUAACGAGUUCAUCCAAAGGAUUGGGCAUACAGAGAAAUACAAGACCAUCUUGGGGGCAGCAGUAGCAUCAGUGACCACAGUCUAUCUCCUUAGAAAGGCCAUAAGAAGUAUGUCUGACAACAAAUCUUACGAAUUUAAGGGUAUUCCUGUACCCGAGGGAGAAUACUUUUAUCUUGGACACAUGCCACUGUUGGGAAAACGACCUGGAGAAGUUAUUACCAAGUGGCAUCAUCAGUAUGGUCCGAUUUUUAGGAUCAAGAUGGGUGUACAAAAUUGGUUGUUCCUUGGUGAUCCACAAAUCGCCCAUGAGAUUCUCGUUUCUAAAGGGUCAAUCACGGCUGGUCGACCAGAACAUACCUUUCUAGGGAAAAUUCACGGUCAGGGCGGAAGAGGAAUCGUUAUGGCUGAUUAUGGGCCAAAGUGGAAGGAGGCGCGAAAUGUGAUCUUGCACAUUCUCUCACCCAAAUCUGUCGAGAGCUUAACCAGCACAAUUGAAUCUGAAGCUGAGAAGGGCAUAAAGCACAUGGUGGAAUGCGUAGAGUCAGACGGUGCGAUCGACCCACUUACCUUUUGCCGCUUUAUAUCAAUGAAUCUGAUGUUUGCUGUCGCCUUUAAUAUCCCUGGUGCCAAGUCUGUUAAUGAUCCUACGUUUAAGGAAAUGGUUCAUUACGUAGAUAGCAAUUCCCACUUUUCUGAUUUCUCUCACGAUACUAGUGUCAUGUUCCCCAUCAUGAAGUUCCCUGAAUCAUUAUUCGGAAAGGAAAGAAAGAUGCAGCGCUAUGUGGACAAUGAGCUGUAUCCUUUCAUUAAAGGGAUCAUCAAGAUUGCUCGUGAAAGCGAUGGAGAUAGUCUGGUAAAGAAGAUCGAUAGCAUAAAGGAUGAAUACGGUCUUGAUGAAAUGGGAAUCACGAUUCUUUUGAGUGAGAUUCUCAAUGCAGGAAGUGACACAGUAGCCAUCAGUACGUCAUGGUCUAUAGCAAUCCUUGUCAACCAUCCCAACGUUCAAGACAAAAUUUAUCAAGAAGUCACUGCUUUCAUUCAAAAGCAUGGACGAGAGCCAACCUUUGCUGAAAGAGAAGAGUUGCCGUAUUUUGUUGCAUUUGAAAAGGAGUGUAUCAGAUUCCGUCCUCCAGGAGAUUUAGGCUUACCUCACAAGGUUUCGAAGGACUUUACCUACAAAGACAGUGUUAUUCCAGAAGGCACCAUCAUAUUCUCCAAUCUCCAUACGUUGCACAGUGAUCCAAACAACUUUGUGGACGCUGACAAGUUUAUGCCUGAGCGAUAUCUUAAUGAUACACGGUCAAUGUAUGCCGCUAGUAAAGGCAGUUUCCAAACGCGAGACCAUUAUACAUUUGGAUGGGGCAGGCGCAUCUGUCCUGGCAUCUACAUGGCAGAGAGUGAGAUGUUUUACAUCUUAACAAAAUUACUUUCGAAGUACACUAUUGAACCUGAGCUUUCAUCAGCAGGAGAAAAGCUAUGUCCCGAUCUACAACAAGGCGUAAACACAGGCGUUACUGUCACACCUGUGCCUUUCAAUAUUCGUUUAGUCAAGCGUAAUGAUAAUAAUUAA